UUGUUAGUCUUCUCGUGGCGUUCGAGAAUUUGCGUGAUUUUGUGAAUCGCAGAUCUGCAGACGGUAAAUUUUGGAGAUGGAUAUCUUUGGAAUUAACGUUUCUCUGUUAAACGCAAUAACUGUUGUGUUAACAGUAGUCGUACUUUUAGCUUCAACUGUUUACACGUUUCGAAACAUCAUGCGGAUAUGGAGGAAAGGUCAACCCAAUCCAAUAACGGACGACGACACAAAGAUGCAAGGAGAGGACGACGUCGCCUCUCCAGCACCAGCAGCAGCUCGGACCGAUGGCAUCAGCGAUAAUCCAGUGUCGACAACAGGAGCGGUUAACCUGGAUGACAUAGAUCCUGUGGAGUACUGUGAACAUAUUCAGAGUGAAGUGAAGAAAGCCAAACAACGAGUUACUACCAAGAAGAUUGUAGAGGAACUUACACCUGAGCAGGUUCAAAAUGAACGCGAGAUUCAGCACCAGCAACUUCAAAACAUCUUUAGACUGAUGCAGACUCAGAGUGAUAAGUUCGGUGUCAAUAGCAUUGAUGAAGUCCAACAACAGAUGAAGUUAUAUGCCUAAGAAGACGUGGUAAAGAUGUCUGAAUGAAGAAAUGCCAGACUUGAAGUUUAUAACUAGUUCAUUUGUAUUCAAAUAUCUCAGUUAGUUUUUCAAUAUUAUUGUUAUUCUUUGUUUGGAUUUUAAACAUACCGUCCUUAGGUGUUGAUUACUGUCAGAAAAUAUUACAUGUAUGUUUUGUACAUACAGUUUUUAUUCCUUGCAAUUUUAUUCAAUUAUUUAAUGAUGUACAGGAAUCGAUAUUUAAGAAAAGAGAAAUGACCAAUAUUCAGAUGUACCGAAUCCUUGCAAUAUAUGUCAGGUCAGAUGUUUGCCUGACAUGGACAGUAAUUGAACCAUGUGAUACAACAGUGUGAUAUUCAGCUUGUUACCAUGGAGAUUAAAUUUGUAUAAAUGCAGUAUCUUCAUUUUGUAUCAAAAGCAUUGCAUCAUGUGGCCCGUUUGAAAAUUUAAUCAUAAUUUUCCAAGAAAUAAAUGACAAGUUAAUUAACUUAUAAUAAAGCCAAGGUAAUUUAGAAUGAAUCCUUUUAAACAUAUAAAAACAUAUUUUAAAAACCUGUAUUUUCAUUUAGCUGCUUCCUACUGUAUGAACAAGUAUUAGAAGAAAUACAUUUGUUUUGACUAUGAACAUAAUGAAAUCUUGAUGCAAAAGAUUGUCCUGCAUUACAUAUAGAGAUAAUCGCAAGAAGCAAAUUUAAGGUGGGGGUAAUGCUGCUCCAGGAGUAACUUGUUCACAUCACUAUGUAGCCAGUUGCUUUGGCAGUUCUAAAUUUUCACCUUAAUACUGCAAUUAUUAGAGAAUACUUGUACUUGCAGUUAGAUGAAUAAUUUGUCCCCAACUGGUACAACUGGUGGGGACUAUAGGUUUUCAUUUUGUCUGUCAGGCAGUCAGGCAAUCAGUCACAUUGUCUGGGGCAUAUAUCCCAUUCAUUCGGCAUUGAUAAAGAAAGCUAUCACCAUGCAUGAUUAUCAGAUAAAAAUUAUGUAAAUGUCUUUAAUUGAUAAUCUGUGUCCAAAAGAUUAUAUCAAUAUGUAGAUUGUGUUAAUACUAUUUCAAAGAAUUUACCAAAACUUAUUCCACAUUGUUGUAUGUACAUGUAUCUUAGGUGCAGAGUGUCAUGUUCCGAACUUGCAAAUUGUGCUCCAUUAUGGUUAGUUUUUGUCCUUUGUUUAGAAUUCAAUUGAUACCAAUUAAGUGAGUCCAGAGCAUAACUUAAUGUUCAACCCACGUCCACCAAACUUUCUAUUCUGAUCUGUAUCUCAAAAAGACAGGGUAUUGCAAUUUAUUUUAAAUAUGGUCUUGAGCCCAACUACAUACAUAAUUAUGCUCCUUUGUUCCUUUUGAAUACUAAAGUUUGUCCAUUAUUUUUCAUCUACUUUCACUUAUGUAGGAAUGGAAAGACAAAGUUUAACUUCUGCUCCUCCUAAACCUACAAAAUGAUGGACUUUUUUUCUCUCUCCCACCUGUCGUCUUAACUAAAACUUUUGUAAAACAUGAUAAAGACACUGCAAAUGUAACACUAGAUACACAAACUAGUGUUUCCCAUAUUUGGAAAAAUGUAUGGUAAAUCAUACCUAAAUUACAAAGAUUUGUGCAAAACUUUUCGGGCAAGCAUGUGCGAAUAGCUCUAUGUGGCAAGAUUGUCAUAGUCUGUCAAAUGACGUUUUGCCAGGCUUUCAAUUGUAACGUCAUUAGAUGGUACCGUUAUCUGAUUGUGAUGUCAUGAUAAAGGUAUAAUACAAGUAUCCCAUGUGAGUGUUUGGUAUUGGACUCGUGUAUUUUACAUCUGAAGAGGCACUCUUCUCAGCUAGCUUUUAAAACAAGCUGUUGUUUUAAAGGAGUAGUCGGUUGAAUGUUCACAUGCUGUAGUUUUGUCCUAUACAAAUUCUAAAUAAUACCAGGUUCAAAGUGGAUGAAGAGCAGGCUACUUUUGCCGACAACCCACUUUUUAUGAGAACACCGAGAGGUUGGGGAAAAAUAAGGUUGCACUAGUACCGAGUUCAUGUCAUUAUUAACAUGUAAUGAACUUAAAAUAUUUUUUACAAUUAUGAAAUGAAUUUUAUCAUGUAUUUAAAAUCACUCUUAUUAGCCCAGAUGAAAGCAAGUAAUCAUGUUUUCUGUGUAUAUUAAUACAUCUGGUGAAUUAUUACGAAUUUAAAUAUGUUAUAAAGUUGGAUUUACAAGUUGCCUUACAUUUAAUAGAAGAAAAAAAAUAUUCACCAUUUGCAAACACAUCAUUUAUAGAUGUACAACUUUCCAAAAUAUUUGGUAAACAAUAAAAAAAUUCAUAGAAGAAAUCACUUUAUAAUUAUUGGUCCGAUUGCUUGAACAACAGAUUUAGUGAAGAACUACAGCUGGCCAUCAAUGUCAUUCAUCAUCCUUCAUGUCAUAGAUUAAUAUAUUCUUAUACAUGUAUUUAUGAAUACCUGUACAUAAAAGUGUUUAAAUGCAACUGGCAAUAGUGUUAUAUAAUAACUAUGUAUAUAAAGCAAAGAUAUACCUGUACCAGUGAAGAUUUGACUUCUGUUUAUAUAUAUAUGCUACAAAACAUGCCUCGGUAAUAAAACUUGUAUAUUGUUUAGUAGUAAUAGUAUGGUAUGAAAUCAAGUUAAUUUUUAGGAUUUAGUGUUAAAUCUUGUGGAGUUGACAUCUCAAUAUAAUGUUGUUACUGUGUUUUUAUAGAUAAAUAAAAAGUUGAGUUCAAA